CAGACGUGAACGGUGCCUACAGUGCCGGGGAUACACCUCUUUGGAAGAGUAGUGGAACCGCCGAAGGCGCAGCCUGAGGAGGAAACUGUACGAGCGCUGGGCGGGGCCUAGGUCACGUGGAGCGCGUCACGUGGGCGGGGUCAUGUUGAGCCACCUGCUGGCUCCUAGGUGGCUAGUGGGGUUUGCUGCCUUCCUGGAGGAAGACUGGUCUUUCUUGUCGGGGAUCCAGGAGGGGUUGAGGAUGGAGCUGAGUCUUAAGGGAUGAACAGAAAUUUGGAGGUAGAGAAAAUGGGAAAGGGUCUGCCUGACAAUGGGGAGACCUCGAGGCUCAGCUUGGCGGCCACUGGGUGCGGGAUGCAGUACGCAGUACCACUAUCGCCCUUGGGGACAACUGGUCUUCAUCCUCCAGGAAUUAACCGACUUGCAAAGGGAUCCUCCUGCCCAGUGUUCUGCGGGACCUGUGGGUAAUGAUUUGUUCCACUGGCAGGCCACCAUCAUGGGCCCGAAUGAUAGUCCUUACCAAGGAGGUGUUUUCUUCCUGACCAUCCACUUUCCUACCGAUUACCCUUUCAAGCCCCCAAAGGUUGCUUUCACAACCAAAAUUUAUCACCCCAAUAUCAACAGUAAUGGCAGCAUCUGCCUUGACAUCCUACGGUCUCAGUGGUCUCCAGCGCUGACUGUGUCUAAAGUUCUCUUAUCCAUCUGCUCCCUGCUCUGUGAUCCCAACCCUGAUGACCCUCUGGUACCAGAGAUAGCCCACAUCUACAAGGCCGACAGAGAGAAGUACAACAGAGUAGCAAGAGAGUGGACACAGAAAUAUGCUAUGUAAAUGCCUCGGUGGUUUUAUAGGAGACAUUGUGCAAGAGAAGCUAGCCAGGCAGAGAGGUCUUCCCACGAACCUCUGAACUGUUGGCUGAGCCACUCACUGAGCGUCAUCUGUUCUUCAAACAAACACUGGUUACCCAUUUUCUCAGCUGCAGCAUGUUGGUACCAUUCUCAGCCAUUGUAACUUUGACAUCAUGUUUUUAAUGCCAUAUCAGCAGCCAUUGUUGUUAUGAUCUGCAGCUUUCUUGGUUAUGCUGGAAUGGGUCCCUCUGCCCCAUUUUAACUGCUGGUCUCCUGGAGGGCUGGGCCCUGCACAUUUCCCCUCCCUAGCCUCAAAUGGUGCCACUGCUUACUGUGGAGCCACAGGGGCGGGGGGAGGGGACCCUCAGCCUAGCUCCUCACCAUAUGUCCCCUGCCUUUUAAUACUCAGUGCCAACCUGGGUACCCAGGGCAGAGUGGGCUUCUCUCACACCCUAUCUGCUACAGAACCAUAUCCUGAGGCAUCUCAGCUCACUCACCUGGUAGACUCCUGGGAAUUGAGAGCAGUGUCAGAAGUGGAGUCUUUCCAUCCAUCAGUCUUCCUCUGCAGUGCCACAUGCUGGCGUUCCUCCUCUCACAUCUAGAAGCAGCAAGUGGAAAAUGUCAGCAUAUAAAGCACAUAACACCCUAUGAGAGAUGACUGUGUUUUUAGAAGCAAAACCAAAAUUAUAAAACCUGAAGAGAUUUGGGUUAUUCUUUUCUAUGUCACGAGGUUUUUCAUCACCCCCUUCUCCUCCCACUGGGAAGCCUACACCAAGUCCAUGGGAGCCAUCACAGACCAGAACAAAAAAGGAGAAAGACUCUUUUAAAUGUAAAUAAAAAUGCAAUUCCCUAAUAA